AUGCAUCAUGAAAAAGUUCACCCAAAAGACAGAGCUAAUUUUAUCUCUAGAGUUCUACUUUGGUGGAUUGUUGAUCUGUUGUGGAGGGGAAACAAAAAUCCGCUGAAUCAAGAAGAUCUCGAUCCAGUCAGAGAAGACGACAGUGCUGCUCGUCAGACAAAUCGUUUGGGGGAAAUUUGGAAUAAUGAAAAAAUCUCAGCAAGACAAAAGAAGAGAAAACCAAAAUUUUGGAAAGCAAUGAUAAAGUUUUUCACGUGGCAAGAACAUGCACUUGUUUAUUUUUUAAUGCUUUUCAACGUCUUUGGAAAUGCAGUAUUUUUUUAUUCUGUUACGAACUUGAUGAAAGCAAUCGGUAGCAAUUUAGAGCAAGGUACCCAUUCUCCAAAGGAAUAUCUUAUCUUUAUUGGGGGUAUGAUGAUAGGAUCACUUUGUGAGGUUCUUGGUUCCCAGCAUUCCUGUCUGCUUCUACCUAUGUUAGGAAUAAAAGCAAGAGCUGCACUUGUUGGUUUGAUUUAUAAAAAGGUAAGGCAUAUAUAA